CCUCCAUCUCUUCUCGCACCAUGACUUUCCACGCACCUCCCGACUCACUCCCCGUCCCUCACGCGCCCGACGACGUCUCGAUCCCGCAGUUCUUCCUCGACGCCGCGCACCCCAGCCGGCCGGCCAGACCCGCAAGCGCGCCGUGGCUGAUUGAGGACCACUCGGGCAGGGAGAUAUAUCUCGAGGAGCUGAAGCAACGAACCUCCGAUCUCGCGAAUGCGAUGAGCUCGAAGUGGUGCGUCAGCGAAGGGGAUGUCGUGUGUAUAUUCAGCCCGAACCAUGUCGAUUAUCCGGUCUGCGUCUGGGCAUCCCACCGACUUGGUGCCAUCGUCACACCAGCCAAUCCAGGCUACACGGCGCCGGAGCUGGCGUUCCAGCUCGAGACCACCAAGGCCACGCUCCUGCUCGCGUUCUCCGCCUUCCUGCCGACAGCCCUGGCCGCCGCAGACAAAGCCGGGAUUUCUCAAGACAGAAUCGUCGUGAUCGAACCGACCGCCGCCUCGUACGACGGGAGCCACGAGACGGUGUCCGGGCUUAUCCGGGCCGGGGGCAGCCAGCCGCAGGCCUACGUGGAGCGCAAGCUGGAUGCGGGCAAGGCACGGACGAAGGUCGCGUUCUAUUGUUUCUCGAGUGGGACGACAGGCAAACCGAAAGCGGUUGUGAUCCCUCACUACGCGGUGGUGGCGAAUGUCAUGCAGAUGGUCGCGCACUUCCGCAUUGAUGAUGAAGGCAUGCAGCACAAGCACAUGAAUCCGGGCGAUGUCGCACUCGGAGCGCUUCCCUUUUUUCACAUUUAUGGAUUGGUCGUGGUCAUGCAUUAUAUGUUGUUUGCUGGCACCUCUCUUGUUGUCAUCCCCAAAUUCAACUUUACCGAAUUCUUGCAAAGUGUAGUCAAAUACAAGAUCAGCGUGUUGUUCGUGGUUCCUCCUCAAAUCGUCUUGUUGUGCAAGCAUCCAGCGACGAAGGACUACGAUCUGAGCCAUGUCAAACUCUGCUGCUCAGGCGCAGCGCCUCUGACCGGCGACCUGAUGGUCACGCUGCAGGCGAUUCUCCCGAACGCCACGAUCGGGCAGGGCUACGGCAUGACGGAGACAUGCGCGACGAUCACCUUCCUGGGCGGCGCGCAGAAGAUGGGCGCUGUCGGGAGCGCGGGGCAGAUCAUCCCCGGUGUCGCGGCCCGCGUGGUGCGCCCGGAUGGGGCGCUCUGCGGGGAGGGCGAGGAGGGCGAGCUGGUGGUCACGGGGCCGUCGAUGGCGCUGGGAUAUCUGAACGACGAGAAGGCGACGAGGGAAACAUUUGUUGACGGCUGGGUCCGAACGGGAGACGAGGUCGUCAUUCGCGACUCCGAGAUUUUCAUCGUUGAUCGGUUGAAGGAAAUCCUCAAAGUGAAAGGAUUCCAAGUGGCCCCUGCCGAGCUAGAAGGACAUCUCCUGCUUCACUCCGCCGUGGUCGACGCGUGCGUGGUCGGGAUCCCGGACGACUACUGCGGCGAGAUCCCGCUCGCGUUCGUCGUGCUGCGCGCGGAGCACACGACGCGCACGUGCGCGGACCCGCGGUACGGCGAGGCGCUCAAGGCUGCGCUGCAGCAGCACGUCGCGCGCGAGAAGAUCGCGUACAAGCACCUCACCGGCGGCGUUGUGUUUAUCGAUGCUGUGCCGAAGAACCCCAGCGGCAAAAUUCUGCGGAAGGACCUGAGGAGCAGGGCGCGCCAGUUCGCGGUUGUCUCGAGUUGACGUCGGUUUGGUAUCUGGGGACGCGCGGACGGUCUCUGUGCAACGCCAAUGUAUCGUUAAUUCAUUAUCCUUAGACUGACUUCUGGGCUGCAAUUCUAUACCUUACCUGCCUUCCCGCGUGUUUAUGCUCGUGCUCUAACACAUAGAAACGUGACCGUG